AUUUCCUUCGAUCUUUCUCCCUCUCUCACAAACAUUCUGACAUUUUAGAGUGCCUCUAAGAAUUUUUUUUUGUUUUUGUUUUUGUUUUUCAUUUUUUUCAUUUUAAGUUUCAGUUCUUCUCGUUAUAUAUAUAUUUUAUACAAAAAAAAAAAAAAAACAGAUGCAACCGUGGAGAAGAAAAUUUCCAUUGUUUGAAACAGGAGUAACAAUGAAACAGAGGAAGAACAGUAACCUCUCUAUCUUCGUCGUCGUCUUCUCUGUUUUCCUCUUCGGGAUCUUCAUGUAUAACGAAGACGUCAAAUCCAUCGCCGAGUUCCCUUUCUCCACCCCUAAACCUAACGACGUACACGAGGACGAGACGAAACCGAUCACUACUGAGAUCACAACAACACUACCGGUUCAAGAAUCGAUCAAGAGCUCAGACCCUACAGUUCAAGAUUCCGUUGGUAACGCAGACCCGAUUCAGGAACCGGUGAAAAACGCAGAGCCGGAUCAGGAUUCAACGAGAGACGCAGCAGAGCCAGUUCAGGAGGAGACGUCGAAAACAGAGGAAGCGAAGAAGAUUGAGCUUUUCUCUGUAACGGAGGAUGAAGAAGACGUUGAGUUGCCGCCGGAGGAGUGUGAUUUGUUCACCGGAGAAUGGGUUUUUGAUAACGAGACGCAUCCGUUGUAUAAAGAGGAUCAGUGUGAGUUCUUGACGGCGCAAGUGACUUGCAUGAGAAACGGAAGAAAAGAUUCUCUGUAUCAGAACUGGAGAUGGCAACCAAGAGACUGUUCUCUACCAAAGUUCAAAGCGAAGUUGCUGUUGGAGAAGCUAAGGAACAAGAGAAUGAUGUUCGUUGGAGAUUCACUAAACCGGAACCAAUGGGAAUCAAUGGUUUGCUUGGUUCAAUCAGUGGUUCCUCCCGGUCGAAAAAGCUUGAACAAAACCGGUUCUCUAUCCGUCUUCCGAGUUGAGGAUUAUAAUGCGACGGUGGAGUUUUAUUGGGCGCCAUUUUUGGUGGAAUCGAAUUCGGAUGAUCCAAAUAUGCAUAGUAUACUUAACCGUAUAAUCAUGCCUGAGUCCAUAGAGAAGCAUGGAGUCAACUGGAAAGGAGUUGACUUUCUUGUUUUCAACACUUACAUCUGGUGGAUGAACACAUUCGCCAUGAAAGUCCUACGAGGAUCGUUCGAUAAAGGAGACACUGAGUAUGAAGAGAUCGAACGGCCAGUAGCGUAUAGGAGAGUGAUGAGGACUUGGGGAGAUUGGGUCGAACGAAAUAUUGAUCCUCUACGUACCACUGUUUUCUUCGCUAGCAUGUCUCCUCUUCACAUCAAGAGCUUGGAUUGGGAGAAUCCAGAUGGGAUAAAGUGCGCGUUGGAGACGACGCCGAUCCUAAACAUGUCGAUGCCCUUCAGCGUAGGAACAGACUACAGGCUGUUUUCAGUAGCGGAAAACGUCACGCACUCUCUUAACGUUCCUGUUUACUUUCUCAACAUUACAAAACUCUCCGAGUACCGGAAAGAUGCUCACACUUCGGUUCACACCAUCCGACAAGGCAAAAUGCUGACGCCGGAGCAACAAGCCGAUCCAAACACUUACGCAGAUUGUAUCCAUUGGUGUCUUCCCGGUUUACCUGACACGUGGAAUGAGUUCCUUUACACACGUAUCAUUUCCCGUUCGUGACCUAUAUAUAAUAAGAAGAACGAACGAACAAAGGAAACCCAAGAAAAUGUUUUUGAAUCUUUCUUACUUUAAUUUUCUUUUUCCUCGAAGUUUUAUAUUUUGAUGUCAUAAUGUUCAUAAUUUUUCUUGAAUUCAUGUAAUUGUGAAAUGUUUUCUUUAAUGGUUAUUAGAGUGUCUAGUAGGAUGCAAUGGAAGGGGAUAUUUUAACU